AUGCGCCAACGAUCAAGCGAUUCUGCGACAAAUACCCCGUACUUGUCAGAAGGAUCCACGAAAAACAGCACUUUAUAUAGCCGUUAUAGUACCUUACUGAACCAAGAGGUUGGUAGAGAGCGAAAAUAUUUUCAGAGCGAUGGUUACGAAUCCUCCUCAGCGAUGGUGCAAUCGCGCUCUCAAUAA